AUGAAACCUAAUUAUCGUAACAGUUCAAGUACACCGUAUUCGGGAGCUCCAGCAGCAUACCGGAGAUCGGGAAGCUCACCAAGAGGAAAAUAUUCAAGACGUUCAGGUAGCUCGAGACCACCAUGGGCAAGAGAGUCCAGGGGUCGGUCAUAUUACAGGGGUAAGAAAAGUCCACCACCAAGACCACUCCCUGGAAUUAAUUUGAUGAUCGCCCUUGUGGAAUAUCCAAAGUCACUAAUGUCGGAGGAACAGUUGGCUAUAUUGGAAGAACAAAUUUUGGAAGCAAUUGAUAAGAUUGAAGAUGGAACAUUCAGACCACAAUUUUUGGAAUGCAAACGUGAAACCGGUUCUUUAAUAUUAAGGUGUAAUAAUGACCUUACUGUUAACUGGUUGAAAGAAACUUUAUCCACUCUCGGUCUUUGGGAAGGUGCUGAACUAAAAAUUGUAGACUCUGUACCGAACACAUCUAAAGAUAUCUCCAAAGUGAUUGUUCCUAAGAAUUAUCCAUUAGAAUUUUUCAAUACUGAACAGCUAGAUAAAUUACAAUCAGACAUCUUGAAAGAAAUUGAUAACAUACCAGAUGGAAGUUUUAUGCCGCAAUUCUUAAGCUGUCUUAAGGAAAGGGGAGCAUUGAAAUUCAAUUGCAAUAACUUGGCAAGUGCUGAAUGGCUAAGAACUACAGUUCCCACUUUGGAGAAUUGGAAAGAUGAAGAUGUUUCAAUACUAGAUCCUGAAACAGUACCAGUAAGAAGCACAUUGCAGCUGUGGAUACCGGGAGCAGUUGAAGAACCAGAGCAAGUCUUAGAACGUCUGGAACGGCAAAAUAAGGGAUUAGAUACUUUAAAUUGGCAAGUUUUAAACAAGAAAGUUGAAGAAGGCGGCCAAAAACUAUUUGUAACAGUGCAAGAUCACGUACUAGACGCUCUGAAGAAAAUAGAUUACAAUCCUUUCCUAAACUUCACUAGGGUUAAAGUUAAGCGGUUGGGUAGGUAUAAGCCACGUGAGAAGAAAGAUGAGAAGAACGAAGAUCCAGACACUGCUUAUAUAGAAACAAAAGAAGAUCCAAUGGCUGGAGAUAUUGGUGAGUUCACAGCUAUUGAUGAAAUUAAAGAGGAAGAAGAAGAUAAGGCGGUGCCAGCUGCAAAUGCUUAAGUGAUCCAUUCAAUUUUAAGCAGUUCAUAAACAAAAAUUAAUAGUUAGAAAACAGGACAUUACAAUUUUUCGAGUUUAACCAUUUCAAUUUUAAUUCAUAUUAUGAGUCAGCCAUCAUUCAUCGUCAUAUUUUUUACUAUAAUUUAAUUCUACAUUUCAAGGUCAUUCAUACCUAUGGUUGAGGAGUAAACCUCGAAAUAAAAAAAAUCCCCAUUACUACGGUGUAGGUAAUCGUGCUAAAAGUAUGCAAGGUGCUUGGGGUUAUAAGCACCAUUAACGAUACCCUUGGGAUACCAGGCGACCUCCCAUUGUAAUACAGCCUUACCUCUACAUGCGGGGCUCUGUGGAGGUUGACAUAUUUUCCCUAGCUACUCGUGGGAUCAUUAAUGAAUAGAAAUAGUUUCUCAAAUUCGCCAUUUAUGGCUUAUAACUCAUCCUACUCUCAAUAUCCGCAAAGUCGCCCGUCGGGGUACCAAAGGGGUUACAACAACGCACCUCUUCAUUCGCAAUCGAGAGAUGGUUACUCAAAUAGAUCUAUAUGGGAAUCAAAUAUGAACAACGGCAAUCAGAAUCAGAUUCCCUCUUUGUUUUCGGUGUCAUCAAGUUGGUCAGACACAAAUUCUGCAUGGUCAAGAUUUCAAAGUGCACCUACAGGAAAUAAUCCUGCUUGGUUAGGCAACCAAAACGGCUUUCAACCUAAUUGGUUUCAAUCAAGCAACAACCAGUCUUGGAAUCCUCGAUCUAAUUUUCAAAACGGUUCUCCAAGACGUAUUUGGAAAAGAGCUCCAAAACGAGCACGAAGUAAAAGUCCGAAGGCAUCAGCUCCUAACAUCGAUAAAUCUGCAGUUGGAAAGAAAAAACCAACUUGGCUCCGAAAACGUUUGGCUAAAAAAGGUGCCACAACAGGGUCUAAUCCCUCUACAACUCCACCUGCCAAAACAGCAAAACCUGGUACCAAAGAUGCUGAUAAGAAA